AUGAGUUUUAUGGAACUAGCAAAAGCGACUUCACAUUUCAGCCAAGACCAUGAAAUUGGGAAGGGAAUGCUGGGGAAAGUGUACAAGGCACUGGUCCCAAAUGGCUGGAAUGUUGCCAUAAAGAGGCUCAAUGCCUCAGAAAAUUUGGAGGAAGAGUUUGUUUCUGAGAUUACAAUUCUUGGCAGUCUGAGGCAUCAAAAUUUAGUCCCUUUAAUUGGUUUUUGUGUAGAGAGGGAUGAGCGACUUCUGGUUUACAAAUACAUGCCAAAUGGAAACUUACAUGAGUGGCUACAUACGACUGAUGACAAGGCAAAGCUCUUGGACUUUCCUUUAAGGGUUAAAAUUGCUGUUGGUGUCGCGAAAGCCCUUGCUUGGCUUCAUGAUGGUGGAAAUUUCCAUGUUGUGCAUAGUAACAUAAGUACACAAAGUAUUUUGCUAGACGAAAAUUUUGAUCCCAAGAUAUCCAAUUUUUGGGAGGCAACACUUGAAAGACAAAAUGACAUGGAUUCAAGCAUGUGUCUAUUGCCACUAGUUGAUUCUUUAGACUUUACAUCUUACAAGAAAGAUGUCUAUAGAUUUGGGGUUGUGCUUCUUGAGCUUUUAACAAGGAAGGAAUCUUAUCAAUUGAGCUGCUCAAGUUUAAAUCUUAGUAGUAGCUCGUUUGCCAGUACUCUUGAUGUGGAUAAAGUGCUGUUAGGUCAAGGUUUUGAUGCAAUGAUAUUGCAACUACUUGAACUUGCAAGUAACUGUAUGAAGUUCAUUCCUAAUCAAAGGCCAACCAUGCUUCAAGUGUAUCUCACUGUAGCUGCAAUUUCUUGA